AUGUGCUGUGUCUUUCAAGCUCAGGAAGGACGGCUGCUUGCCACCGAUGAUCAGGCCGCUGAGGUUCAGGACCAGAUGGAGGCAAGGCGGCUGAAGCUCGUCGAAGGGGUCCCCAUCUUGUCCUCGAGUCCUACUGUGACCAGUGGCCAGAAGAGGUGCUUGGCAUUUCUUCGUAUCCUCAUAUUCACUUCGGCUGCUGCUGGCCUGCUGUGGCUGCAGAUUUGGCUGUGCGUGCAGUUUGGUGGUAUGUGGCUUGAAGCCGCACGUCCCACGACGGGAGUCCUUGGCCGGAACGGCACCGUGGUAGACGAAGAGGACUACAGCUGCCCUUUGCAGGUGGAGGUGCAGGAUCCCUGGGCUUACAACCUGGCUCAAAGCCUCACUUCUCAGAUCGCGAUUACGCCCGCGGGCAAAUUUGCGGAAGGCUUACCAGUGGUUGUCUGGUAUGCCAGUGAGGAGGUGUACAGGAAUGUUAACAUGUACAUCAUCCUCAGCUUUGGAGCCCGAACUCUGAACCCGACAAACUUGAGUCUGUCUGUUGAGAAGGCGAUGACGAGCAAUGAGUACAUGACAGCGAUUCACAAUGCCUUCUCCCGCAACCAUUUGAAUCCGCUGGCGCAGAGAUCGUUGGAUGGGACAAUGUUCGUGAGUGACGGCAAGAUGUGGGUCAACGGAGAAUGGCAAGACAUUGUCGUCACACAUGACUGGAUGGUCAUCUCGGGCCUAGCAUUCGGCCUUAUGCUGUUGCUCUGCUUCAGCGUUUUAAAGUGGAUCUGCAAGGAGAUUCGUCACGACUGGAAGUUCAGCUGCGAUGUCUGGGUGGCCCAGUACGAGUAUCUCUGGGAGAGGGCCAAGAGAAAGGAUAUCUUCUCGUCAGAUUCGCACACGCUCUCAGAAAAAGAGAUGGAGGAAGCUCUUCACAAGAAGCCGCCAAAGAAAGAAGGUGAUGAGCUGCAUCUGACCUUCCAGGAAAGAUUGCAGAUGUGCUCACCGUUCUUCGUUCUGGACAACUUUCUGUCCAAUGCCUAUACGUGCGAGGAGCAGGCUGGGAUGGCGGUGAUUUCGUCACUGUUCCAUGCCGUGGUCUUCAGCGCAGUGUGCUUGAUUCCAUGCUACGCAUGUUGCUUGCUGCCCGCAUGGGCCCCUGCGUUCAACACCAUGAUCUCAGCGUACGGCCUGUGCAUCAUCCUCUUGGGGACCUUCUACUAUGCCUCAGUUGACCAUGGCAUGGUCCGUUUCUCGCUGAGCUUGCUGCAGAUAGCAUGCCUGGCAUUUUGGACGAUUCUGACAAUUGUGUAUAUUGUCACUGCCAUCAUCUACCUGACAGCGAUGUCUGCGAUCGAUGAGGAUCUGAUUCCAGAUGCCUUGAGCCCCCUAGGUACCGUUGCAGCCUACACGUAUAUCAUUGCAAUUAAGAUGAAGGACCUCCAGCGACACUACAUGGACGUCUUGCACGGCAAAGGCUCUAAAGGAUUCAUCCUUUCCCAGAUAAGCAGAUUGGGCUUGACCACGGGCGCAAUCAUCAUGCUGGUGCUGGAAGGAGUGGCUGCGCUAGUGGCGCUUUUAAUUCUGCAGCUGAAGGUGCGGAACACGUACGCUGGUCCCGGGAUGCAAGGAAACUUGCUGAGCUCAGCCAUUCUCCCAACGUACGCCGUGGUGAACUCGAUUGUUCAACUUCGCAAGAGCUCGAUGAGCGAUGCAGUCGACACGGUCGAUGACAUCACAGGAGGCAUCAUCGAAGUCCUUUGA